AUGAUUGCAAGACUGUAUGACCCGUGUCAUGCGAAAAUGGGUCUUAUGCUAUAUGCGGAAAGCGUAGCUCCAGAAGAGCCUGCACAUUCGCAAGCCACGCUGUCCGCUUUUAAUACCACGAAACAUUGCGUGACAUUAAAUCGAACAGCCUAGGCCAUAUAUAACUAUGGACGAAGUUUUGCAUGACGCGAGUCGUAUAACUGUUUAUAAAUCAUGUAAGGACUAAUAUAAUUUUCGAUGUUUGAAAUUUAUUGAAUGAGUCGAAAAUUACUUUCCCUUCAGUAUGAAUUUGCCGCUAGAGGCGCUCUAGAAGCACGAGGUUUUCGUGCAUGGUUAAAACGUGGUCAGUUUUCGUCAUUCAGCUUUGGGAACUCGCACGGUAUACAUGUUAUUUUUCGGCUGGGGUUUACACAAUGGACGACAUGGAGCGAGCCACGUGUUCGGACGACAUAAAUAACAAUUUAAAGGAAAUUCUGUUUGAAUUAAAGAAACAGCAAGUUGAUAUAACUUCUUUGAAACAGCAAGUUAGUUUACCAGUGUCGUCUAAACAAGACCAUAAUGACAUUAAAUGGAAAUAUGAAGGAAACAAACAGCAAUAUGAUUUCAAUUGUGAUGUCCACGAAGGAAUCAAGCAAUGCAUGUGGGCAAUUGAAAACCAGAAAAGCGACUACGCAAAGGAAGUUUUAUCGGAGGUUGCCAAGAAAAUUCACACGAGAAAUAAACACAUAAGGAUAGCGGAAACGUCAGGAGGCGGGUGGGAAACUGUCAAACAGUAUGAACAGAAGCCCCUCGCGAGUGACUCUGAUGACGAGUCGAGAAUCAAUAGGGCGGAUUCUAAAGCUCUAAAGAAAAAGAAGGUUAAGCAGGCGAAGUUAAAGAAAAGCCAGCCGUCCUGUAUGGACACUCGGACGCACUCCGUCAAUUGCUUGAGGGACAGGCAGGAACACGUCCGGCGCCGUACCCGUUACCACAGAGGCCCACACCACCGUCGAUUGGUUCUUUUCGUGGCUACUCUGGAUGGGGUCCCCAGCUCGGGCCAUGCUUCGCGUGUGGACAGGUCGGUCACAUCCGGCGGACGUGCCCCACCACCAGAGGGCAGCAAGCGAGCGCUCAGGCCAGGAAGUACUGAUGCCACUGAGGCGAGCCCACCCGUGACCGAAAGUGCUGUAUUUAAAGAUGAGUAUUACAUUCAUGAACAAAAUGACAGAUUUACUAAUGAUUAUUUUAUUUACGAGCAAGGUCAGAAAGACAUUAUUGUUAAAAAUAGAUUGAAAGAACAUAUCCAAUUUUGGAAAAACAUUGGCGCCAAUCAAUUUAUUAUUGAUUCUAUAGAACACGGUUAUAAGAUUCCAUUUUAUUCUUUACCCGAAAGCGUAUUGCUUAAAAACAAUAAAUCAGCACGUGAUAAUAGGGAGUUUGUAAGGAAAGCAAUUACAGAUUUGUUAGAUCGGGAUUUGGUAGAAAAAACAGAUGCCCCUCCUCGUGUUGUUAAUCCACUUUCUGUAUCCAUUCAAAGUAAUGGUAAAAAGCGUCUCAUUUUGAAUCUGAGAUGGGUAAAUAAACACGUAUGGAAACAAUCGGUUAAAUAUGAGGAUUUGAGAUUAGGUUUGAUGUUUGUUAAAGAAGGGGGAUUUAUGAUAAAGUUUGAUAUACAUUCUGCUUACCAUUUUGUGGAUAUAUAUCCUGAACAUACAACUUACCUUGGGUUUUCGUUUGAAGAUGAUCAUGGUGUAGUUAGUUACUUUAGGUUCAAGGUUCUUGCAUUCGGGUUGGGUGUAGCACCUUAUUGUUUCACUAAGCUUACAAGGCCUCUUAUAGCAAAGUGGAGGGGCGAAGGUAAACGAGUUAUUAUGUUCUUGGAUGAUGGUUUUGGUACACAUGAUAAUUAUGAGGAGACGAAAAAGCUUGCGUCUGAUAUAAAGCAAGAUUUGCUUCUCUCUGGGUUUAUCCCUAAUGUAGAUAAAUGUAUCUGGGAACCAGUACAGGAAAUGGAGUGGCUGGGUGUUAAUAUUAAUAUGAGAGAGUUUUCAAUAAGAAUUCCUGAAAGAAGAAUUAGCAAGGCUAUGAAUACCAUCAAGAGUUUAUUGGGCUCUGUAUAUUUGCCAGUAAGAAAGGUAGCUAGUUUUAUUGGUCAAAUUAUUUCUAUGAGUAUUGUAAUUGGCCCUGUAGCUCAAAUAAUGACUAGAUAUUUGAGUAUCGAUGUUGCGAAAGAGUGCACGUGGAAUGCGUACGUUAAGUUGUCAAUCGAUAGUGUAGAGCAAUUGGCAUUUUGGAGAGAAACGCUCGAUUUGCUUAACAAAAGAUUGCUUGUUGCUACUGGCGCGUGCUCAAAAGUAGUAUACAGUGAUGCAUCUGCUGUGUCUUAUGCCGGAUAUGAGGUAGGGACGGUGAAUGGUGUGGCGCAUGGGUCAUGGUCGUCAGAGGAGACUAAAAUGUAUUCUACUUGGCGGGAACUUUGUGGAGUUUAUAGAGUUUUAAAGUCAUUAAUUGAUGUGCUUGCAAGUCACCGCGUUAAAUGGUUUACAGACAAUCAGGGAGUUUGUAGUGUUAUUAAAAAAGGUUCUAUGAAAAAGGAUCUACAAGAUUUAGCUAUCAAAAUAUUCCAAUUAACAGCGAAAAAUUUUCAUUAAGAAGUUGAAUGGAUUCCGAGAGAAGAAAGCGGUUUGGCAGAUUAUUUAUCUAAGAUUGUAGAGACGGAUGACUGGGGAAUUGGUUUAAAUGUAUUUGAAAUGUUGCAAAGUAAAUGGGGCCAUUUAGAUGUAGAUGUUUUUGCGUCAGAACAUAAUGCUAAAGUUUUAACAUUCUUUAGUAGAUUUCGGUGCCCUAAAUCUGCAGGUAUCGAUGCAUUUACAUUUGACUGGAGUAUGUUUUUUGGGCUGUACGUUCCUCCUGUUACUCUAAUUCCCAGAGUUUUGAGUAAAAUGGCGUAUUGUAAAGCGAAAGGCGUUUUGGUUGCGCCAGAAUGGAAAUCGGCUAGUUUUUGGCCACUUAUAUGUGAUAAUUCUGGCGACUUUAGUGCAUUUGUUAAAGAUUUUAUCUUUUAGCCUACAAAUAAAGAUUCAUAUACACCAUGCAGAAAUGGUGUUGGAAUAUUUGGUACAGAAAACCUGCGGUUCAGAAUGAUUGCUUUUUUCGUUGAGUUUUAAAGGCUCUACUCGUCAUGUGUAAUUUACCAUAUCAUGAAUAAGGUGUUUCCCUAUAUAACUAAUUCUGUUUUUGCCCUAAAUUCAAAAGAGGGAGCACGAGGUUUUCGGGAGCACGAGGUUUUCGUGCAUGGUUAAUGAGUAUGCGCUGAGGUGUUCAGCGGUUAUGGCGCUUGCCAUUUUACAGUGACCUGUAACACACAAGGUGUGGGAACGUGCGUGUAAGCACGAUACGAGGUGUCGGUAUCGGCUGUAGUGGUUGUAAUAGAAAUUGGAAUGUAUUUGUCUGUUUUUUAAAUGUGUGUGUUUAUGUUGAAUUUUUUAUUAACACGAAGUUGUCGGUUUACAUAUGUUGUUAAUUUUACUCGUGAAUGAGUAUGCGCUGAUGUGUUCAGCGGUUAAGGCGCUUGUCUUAAUUGAAGCCACAGUGGCUUGUUACACACCAGGUGUGGGAAUGUGCGUUUAAGCCGGUAUCGGCUGUCGGGUUAUUAAUAUACAUUGGGAUGUAUUAGUUUGUUUUGAACUUUUUAUUAACAUACAUUUGUGUGUUUACAUCUGUUUUUUCAGAGACAUGCAGAUGACAUAAAUGCGCUGCCUGACGUCUUGGUGGGGGGAGUGUCCUUGCUGCCGGAGUUACUCAAAGAAUCAAGAGCUAUGAACACAUCAGAGGAAUACAGAAGGGGGUUUAAAAGGUGGUGUGAUUGGGCUUUGAGUAAUAACUUAACAAGUGAGGAUACUUUUCCCGCCAAGGCGUUUCAUGUGGCUUUAUAUAUGACAUCUUUAAUUCAAACUGCUCAGUCACCAAGUCCUAUUGUGAAUGCUUUUUAUAGUAAAAAGUGGUAUCAUGACUUGUUGGACUUACAAUCACCAACCGAUUCUAAUUUAGUUAAAAAUGUGUUAGAGGCUGCUAACAUUCGAAUAGAAAAGAACCAAUUUCUGUAUCUGUACUUGAACAAGUUUUUCACUGUUUGUAUAAAGAAAAUAAUGUGUUUAAUCAAAGGACAAUUUGUGCACUGUUACUUUCCUAUGCUGCAUUUUUAAGAAGUAGUGAGUUGUUGAAUUUAAAGAGAUGUGAUAUUAUUAUUUACCCAAUGUAUAUGAAUAUUUUUAUUCAGUCAUCCAAGACCGACAAGUAUCGGGAUGGAGCAUGCGUGCCUUUAGCUAGAACUGGUACUGUUUUAUGCCCAGUAGUUAAUCUUGAAAGAUAUUUUGUGUGGGCUAAGAUACCAAGUGAUUCAGAAUGUUUUGUCUUCUCUCAACGGUCAAAAACAAAAGAAGGUUUUAAACUAAGGCAAUGUGAUAAACAUUUAUCAUACAGCAAUUUAAGAAAACUUUUAAUUGAUGCUAUCAAACCUUUUGUAAGUGAUAUAAAAUGUUAUGGUUUACAUUCAUUGAGAUCGGGUGGAGCCACAGCGGCAGCUAACAUGGGUAUUACUGACCGUUUGUUUAAGCGUCACGGACGAUGGUCCAAUGAGUCCGCGAAGGAUGGUUAUGUUAAGGAUUCGAUAGAUGACAGGCUAAGGGUGUCUAAGUGUUUAGGUUUGUAAUUGUUAUAAUUAUGUAAAUAUUAAGAACAAUUGUUAUAAUAUUUAUUUGUAGAUAAUUAUGUUACGUUUAGUAGCCCGUUCUUUUAAUUCAGCCGGUAUGCGAGUCCCUGCGGCUAGUACCAAAAAAACAGAGUUUUUGUUUGUUUGCUAUAUAGGCAAAGGAGGGAUGUAAGGGAAAUAUAAUUUUUGAUGUUUGAAAUUUAUUGAAUGAGUCGAAAAUUACUUUCCCUUCAGUAUGAAUUUGCCGCUAGAGGCGCUCUAGAAGCACGAGGUUUUCGUGCAUGGUUAAAACGUGGUCAGUUUUCGUCAUUCAGCUUUGGGAACUCGCACGGUAUACGUGUUAUUUUUUAAAAUAAUGUGUUAAUAUUUCAUAUUAUGGAAAUUAUAUAUGAAAUUGAAUAAUUGAUAUAUGUAUUGAACUAAAUUUACAUAGAAUGUCACUGUAUGAUGACUGUUAGAAAGAUUGUAUUAUGUGAUGUAUGUUUGACGUUUUGAUGAUGGUUAUUAUGUUAAGUAUAAUAAUAAAUGGACUGCCGGUAUGCGAGUCCCUGCGGCUAGUACCAAAAAAAAA